AUGCUGCCAGGGGAUCAUGGUGAUAAAUUUAUAAUUCAUUGGCUUGAUGAGUCAAGAGCGCAUAGAAUUGUUUGGCUAUUAGAGAUCUUGGAUUUAGAUUACGAAUUGAAGAUUCAUUUAAGAAAUCCAGAAACCUUUAGAGCACCUCCAGAGUUGCUUUUAAUCCAUCCGUUGGGAAAAGCACCCGUAUUGGAAAUAAUUCCAGGAAAUGGUGGUAAGAAGCUCAUUUUGGCAGAGAGUGGUCAUAUAAUUCAAUACCUCAUUAGGAACUACGAUCCAUAUAAGAUUUUAACACCGGAUAGCGAAGAGCAGCAGAUGCAAGUCGAUUACUAUCUUCAUUUUUCAGAAGGCACAAUGCAGCAUAUCAAUGUAUCACUACUUAUAAAUUCAAUGGCUAAGAAAAUUGCUCCGUUAGGUACGAGAACAUUAGCAGGAAUGGUUACUAGGGGUUUAAACCUUGGAUACUAUAUUCACGAGUUCCUAAUGAAUAUGAAUUUCUUAGAGAGCCAAUUAGACAAGGAAGGAACUGGAUUCUUUGUAGGAAAUAGACUCUCAGGGGCAGACAUAAUACUAAGUUUCCCUGUGUGGGAAAAUGUCUUCAAUAAUCCUGAUAUACAUAAGAUAACAGGUAUCAAAAAAGACUUCAAUCAGAUGUGGCCACAUCUUGCAGCUUGGUGUGGGAAUGUUGAAAAUCAUCCUACCUACAUAAAAGUAAACGAGAUUGUGGAAGAGCAAAUGGAAGAAUACUUCACACAAGAGAAUGGGAAGCGUUAG